UGCACCUCCUUCCACCCACACAGAGUCCUUCCUCAUCUCACUCAGGAAGGUACUGUUGCUAUGAUAUGUAGGAAGACAGAGUGAGAAGCCAACCUUUGAGCCUAUGAAAUGGACAUCUGGAACAAAGUGAUCAACUUGCUGUUUCUUAUAGUUUCCCAAGCAUAUCAAGAAUGAUCCUCCACCCAAAGGACAUCCAGCCAACUUGACACAACUGUGGGAAGCACUGGAGUCAACAUAGGCCAGCAUCCCUGCGGAACGCUUUCGAUACCUUGUAGAAUCCAUGCCCCGACGAAUUGAGGCUGUUCUGAGGGCAAAAGGGGGUGCAACUCAAUAUAAGGAAGGUGUUCCUAAUAUUUUGUACACUGUGUAUGUUCAGUUAUUGCAUGUGCAACAUGAUGCAAGUAUGGUUCUCCAUUGUCUUACUCUGCUUUUCCCCUGGUCUGAAUUCAUUGAACUUCUCAUUGUUUCUAAAAAAUAAAAACAAAUCUUGUGUUUUAUAUUACCCUACCCCUUAGCACUCAUGGCAACAGUGACAUCUGCUCUGAGCGCCGUGAUCACGGAUCCACCCCAAAGGACAGUGGAAGCUCCUCUUGGCUCCUCUCUGACCCUCAACUGCAGUUUUGAGCCUCAGACUAGUGCCUGGGUGAGGUGGUAUUUCAACAUAAACCAAUCAUGCAGUGAUUCUCGUUCCAGUCAACUUUCCUCCCAUAAGAUAUCGGUCAACACGACUGUGGAGCAGAACGAUGGAGGUCAUUUCCUUCAGGAGUCUGGGAGAGCUUGGUCCAGACUGACUGUGAGAGAUGUCUGGUACAAUGACAGUGGGUGGUACUUCUGUUGGGUUCAGGCAGAUAUCCCUUACCUUAGAAACAGUAACAGCAAUGGAACUCAAGUUAUUAUUACUGGCAAGACGACAGAGAGUACCCCUCCAUUGAUGACAGUAACUCGGUCUCCCCACUCCAAUGGGGGUUUGCUUCUAGGCAGGAAGCUGUGGGUAGCAGUGGGAGCAGCAAGUGCCAUACCGGUUCCACUGCUAGUGGUCAUCUUGAUCUUACUACAACGAAGGAGAAGCAUAAUACAAAGAGAGAAUCCUAUCUAUACCAACAUGCCUGCAAUAAAACAACCCUCUCCGCGUCCAGGACUACAGAUGGACAAACAGAAGAUUUCUCCCACUUUAAAAUAUCCCAGGACCCCAACUCCAGCCAGAACCCACGACAACAAACACAUCAGGAUCCCAAUUCCACGCAGGGGAAAUGACAACAAACCCCUCACCGAGACCCCAAAUCCACGCAGGGCAAAUGACAACAAACCCCUCACCGAGACCCCAAAUCCACGCAGGGCAAAUGACAACAAACCCCUCACCAAGACCCCAAAUCCACGCAGGGCCAAUGACAACAAACACCUCAAGAUCUCAACUCCACCCAGGGCCCAUGACAACAAACCCCUCACCAAGAUCUCAACUCCACCCAGGGCCCAUGACAACAAACCCCUCACCAAGAUCUCAACUCCACCCAGGGCCCUUAACAACAAAACCCUCACCGAGACCCCAUAUCCACCCAGGGCCCAUGACAACAAACCCCUCACCAAGACCCCAAAUCUACCUAGAGCCCAUGACGGCAAACAUCUUCCAACUCCUGCCAGGGCAUAUGACCUCAGGACCCCAACUCCAUCCAGGGCCCAUGACAGCAAAUAAAGCUCAAAACCUUGACUUUUUAUGAUUCAUAUUUCCUAUCCUGAAUCUUCCAACAAAUCAAACUAUCUCAGCAAGUAAUUUAAUCCUGUGAGUGUAGUGCAACUCUGUCCUAUCAUCUCUUACAGAGCUAUCACUUCAGUAUUGUUUUUGGUUGCUGUUAAUUAAUUUUCCAGCAGAUGGCAUGCUAUGGUAGCCUACUAAUUUAGGAUUAAUUAUCGUUGUCUAAAUAUUAUUCUCAGGGUCAUUUAAAGUUACCCCAGUUCAGUAAAGCAUCAUUUAGUAAUAAGGAAAACAAGUGCUAUUUUCUGGAAGGUAUUUUGUAUAGGUAGCCUUUGUAAAAAGACUGUUUGAGCAACAGAUAUUGGACUUGAAAUACAUAUCUAUAGCUGUUUAUAGUGCAUUAAUAAAAUUCCAUAUUUCAAUCUUU